AUGCACGAUGAUUUCGGAUUGUCCCGAGCUACGUCAAGGACUCAACCGUUCAAGCCUAGACCGUCCAGCAGUUCGAGCAGCGAUUCGCUAGCGUCCGGCAGUUUACCCAGUUCUUUGUCAUGGGGCAGCAGUAGCUCAUCUAGUGGCUCUACUACACCGACCGAAAUCGUACCCGAAAUCUCUGCUUUUCCACCGUCCAAACAGUCACCGCCACUCGCGGCGCUUUCGUCGGCCUCGGACUCAAUGCUUGCGCAUCUUUCCAAGCCCAAAGACACUUCCAGCAGUCCCGGGAUAUCUGGUUUCACCGAAGCUCAACAGAUGGAAGCGGCUGGGCCGAGUCAGCCGAGUGAUGUAUCGCUAUUCAUGCGAACGGGCAGUGCCGAAGUGGUAGAGGACUUCUCGAUUCGAUGGAGAACGCGAAAACGUCGCAUGGAACUGAAAGUGAAUGAUUUCAAAUCAUCGAAGGUUGCUGCCGAGAAGGAGGAUGAUGGCGAUACUAAUAGUGAGGAGUUUGAUGAAAUGCGGAGUGAUAAGGAUGAGGGCGGAACUCUUGUUCUGGAUAAAAAACUUCGCGAUUACCUCAGGCGACAUCGUGGAGCUUCACCAGUUAUUGUGAAAAAGUGA